AUGUUGACGGUAUGUCGAUCCGUGUUUUUCAAUGACCUUGAGGACAAACGUGAUGACCAAAUUCCUAGAGUCAUACGCUCAAGGAAUCCGUUUCCCGGGAAAAUUUUCAAUGACUACUUACACCGAGAUGUCUAUCAAGGUGUGGUUAUCGAUUAUCGGGGAAAGGAUGUCACACCGAGCAAUUUCAUUCGUGUGCUACUUGGAGACGAACAGCUGAAGGCGGAAGGAAAGAAAGUGUUGUCCACCGGCCCAAUGGAUAACAUCUUUAUCUACUUCUCUGAUCACGGAGCACCCAAUCAUCUUGUGUUUCCGAACGCUCAACACAAUCUGCAACGGUACACCGUUGAAGGACAACUACACAAGUUGGAAGAAGCUGUGACGGACAGUCACGUGACCAUGUACGGUGAUAGGAAAUUGAUGCAAGACGUGCUCGCGGAAUACCAAGCCAGUGGUGAACAGAACACGUCAUCCAUUAAGUUACACCCCUCGAUCUCCGAUCUGCGCAUGAUCGUGAGGGAUAAACAAUCCGCUCAGAAAGCGCAUUUGGUUUCCGUGAUUCGUCAGUCAAUGCAUGCCAGUUCGCAAACGAGGCGAGAGCUGGCUAGUCGCCGCCUAAGACGGGCUAUACAGCUGGGGGAGCUCGUGACGGAAAUUAUGGAAGAUGUAUAUCGACUAGUGAAACUUCACACAACUGAGCUUGUCCCGCCUGAUUCGAAGAUCAAACAAUUGGAAUGCUUCGAAAUUGUGUAUGCGGAAUUCGAGCUGCGAUGCUUCUCAGUGCAUCAAGUGCCUGAGGUUGCAUACGAAACAUUCACCAUUCAAGAGAUCUGCGCCUCCGGAGUGGAUACCAAGAUAGCGAUCCAAUCGAUUCGUGAAGCUUGUGGCUGA